AUAUUAGUGAAUUUUUAACCGGUGAAGGCGUAGGACGUGUCGUUCGUUCGGACUCAAGUUCGGACUUUUACCGCUAACAAAUUUAUGCCGAACUAAUACAUAAUCAAAAUGUCGUUUCUCAAACAGGUGGGAAAAUGCCUGCGUAUGUUUCUGGAUAUGGUCAUAGACUUCUUCUUCUCCUUGUAUUGGGAGUGCCACAAGGACGUUGUGCCAGACCUCGAUAAGGACCACGCUUUGUUAUCAGAGAGUGCUACAUCCUUGGCUAACAAGAUAAAACGGCGAGAACUGAAAUCCGAGGAUGUUGUGCGAGCUUACAUUGAUAGGCUGAAAGAAGUAAACCCAGUCCUAAACGCCAUAGCGGCAGAUCGUUACAUAGAAGCAUUAGAUGAAGCACGAGAGCUCGACAAAAGAAUCGACGAUGGCACUGAAGAUCUAAACAAACCAUUCUUAGGUGUACCAUUCACAACCAAGGAGAGUCAGGCCAUAAAGGGCAUGCCUCUCACCAUGGGACUCUGGUGCCGUCGCAACAAGAAGGCGGAGGAGGACAGCGAGGCAGUCAUCAGGCUGAAGAACGCAGGAGCCAUACCCUUGGCCAGCACCAAUCUGCCUGAACUGCUUAUUUGGUCGGAGACGCGUAACCCUGUGUACGGCAUGUGCAACAAUCCUCAUCACACGGGCCGCUCGCCCGGGGGCUCCAGUGGCGCUGAGGCCGCGCUCACCGCUAGCUACGCCACUGCUAUCAGCUUGUGUUCAGACAUAGGCGGAUCCACACGUAUGCCGGCGUUCUAUUGCGGCAUGUUUGGUCACCAUCCAACUGCUGGGACUACCAAUACCAAAGGAUCAUUCUACCGCAAUGGUGACGAGGAUUCCAUGUACUGUCUGGGAUUCAUAUCCAAGAGCGUAGAAGAUCUGGCGCCCCUCACCAAGAUCAUUGCUGGGGACAAGGCUAGUCUGCUCAAAUUGGAUAGAAAUGUCGAUAUGAAGGAUAUUAAGUUCUACUAUUUGGAAGAAGGGAAUGAUUGUCUAAUAAGCCCGCUGCGUUCCGAUGUAAAGAAAGCCAUGCACAUGGUAAUAAAAAAGAUAAACGAAGGGCAUAAAACGGUGGCGGAGCCGUACACUCACGACGCCCUGGGCUCCAUAUACAAGCUGUGGGCUUACUGGAUGGGCCGCGAGCCGGGUGACUACGCCGCCAUGUUGACGGAUGGACAACAACAGCUCAACGGUUUUGCCGAGCUUGGUAGAAAGCUGGUUGGCAUUAGCAAGCACUGCCUGUUUGUUAUAAUGCGGGUGCUGGAGAUGAGACUGAUGCCAAAGGCCGACAAAGAGUGGGCAGAAAAGACUACCAAGGAGCUGAAAGAUGAUAUCAUUAACAAACUGGGAAACAACGGAGUGCUAAUUCUGCCGAGUGCGCCUCACCCGGCGCCCUACCACUACUCGUUCUAUCUGCGCCCCUACAACUUCGCCUACUUCGCACUCGUCAACACACUCAAGUGCCCCGCCACACAGGUUCCACUGGGAAAGAACUCGCAAGGACUUCCAUUGGGCGUCCAAAUCAUGGCAGCCCCCUAUAACGACGCCCUCUGCCUUACCGUAGCCAAAUAUCUGGAGAAGGAAUUCGGAGGUGCCGUCAUGGCAUGCAAAGCUAAAACUUUAAGUAAGUAUAUUCAUAAAAGUAUGGCCACUGAAAAGGUUAUAAAACCUAAAAGAGAAAAGUCCAAGCACCGAGAAAAUAAAUCAAGCAGGAUUUGUAAAGGCGUAAUGAUGAAUAUCUUGAGAAAUUUAUAUUUAAUUAUACGAGUUUUUGUUGAAAAACUUAUUGACUAUGCAUUUUCCUUGUAUUGGGAUGGCGAAAAUAAACGCUUACCGGACCUGUCGAAGAGGCAUGAGGUAUUGAAAGAGAGUGCGGUGUCUCUGGCAGCUAUGAUACGAAACAAGCAGCUUAAAUCCGAGGAUUUAGUGCGGACAUGCAUUGAGAGGAUAAAAGAGGUGAACCCGAUAAUAAACUCAGUAACUGACGAAAGAUAUGAGCUCGCUAUCAAAGAAGCCAAAGAGAUAGAUGAGAGCAUUGAGAAAGGUCUUUCUGACGAAUAUUUUAAAGAAAAACCAUUCUUAGGCGUACCAUUCACAACAAAGGAGAGUAUAGCGGUGUCCGGGAUGCACAACACGCUCGCGACGUUAGCACGCAAGGACACGCGCGCGCCCGCUGACGCUGCGUGCGUGCGGUAUCUGCGUGCGGCGGGCGCCAUACCGCUCGCUGUUACUAACGUGCCGGAGAUUAAUAAAUGGCAAGAGACUAACAAUCUGAUCUUUGGGCGGACGAAUAACCCGUACAACGUGGGUCGCGGCGCGGGCGGCUCCAGCGGCGGGGAGGCGGCGCUCAUGGCCAGCCUCGCCACGCCCAUCUCGCUCUGUUCUGACAUCGGCGGAUCGACGCGCAUGCCCGCGUUUUACUGCGGCCUGUUCGGGUACAAUCCCACAGCAGGACACACCAGCUUGGAAGGUAACGCACUACGCACUGGCAAGGAACCGACCAUGGCGUCCAUAGGUUUCGUCGCCCGACACACAGAAGACCUCGCGCCUCUUACCAACAUUGUGGCUGCAGAGAAGGCAGCGCUGUUGCAGCUGGAUAGGCCUGUUAAUAUUAAGGACAUCAAAGUGUUCUAUAUGGAGACCUCCAAUGACCCGCUACUGAGUCCAGUGUGUGAUGAUCUGCGACAGGCUAUGAAAAGGGUAAUAGCCAAGCUCUCCGAAGACACGUCUUCCCCUCAGCCGUUCUACCACCGCGGCUUCAACUCCAUGUACCGGCUUUGGAAGCGCGGCAUGGCGCUAGAGGCGGAGGACUUCGCCGCCAUCUUGAAAGACCAUAAGGGUCGAGCUAAUGGGGUCGUGGAGUUGGUUAGGAAGGUGUUAGGCAUGGGUCAACACACGCUGGCGGCCAUCUUGCGGCUGCUGGAGCUGCAGCUGCUGCCGCCGGUGCCCGCGGAGUGGGCCGACAACCUCACGAGAGAGACAGCCGACGAGCUCACUCGAGUACUCGGCACCGACGGAGUGCUUAUUCUGCCGAGCGCGCCACAGCCGGCUCCGCACCACAACGUGCUGUACCUCCGACCAUACAACUUCGCCUACUGGGCCAUACUCAAUGCGCUCCGGAUGCCCGCUGUGCAGGUUCCGCUCGGCCUCAACUCGUCCGGUCUGCCGCUAGGCGUGCAGGUGGCGGCGGCGCGCGGGCAGGACGCGCUCUGCCUGGCCGUGGCGAAGCACCUAGAGAAAGCCUUCGGGGGCUACGUGCCGCCGUGUAAGGUGCCGCAGUAGUGCGGUUAGAGAAUACUCCUUCCUUUGUUAUUAUGCUAUGCGUUAAGUUUAUUUUUCAGAUACCUAAUUAAACGCCUAGGCUGUACAUUAUAUUUAAAUUAGCUACUGGUAGUUAGACUUAGGGCCA